AGCGCUGCUUAUUGGUAGGCUGCGGUUCCCUCACUGGAUGGAUUGACUUAGCACGGGUCGAAUUACACCAUUUGCCGUGCAUUAGUUUGUUUUUCUCCCAGCCAGGAGAAGUUGAUUCACUACAACGCGCAAAAUAUUUUUUGAGGGGAUUACAGCAACUCGAAAGGAUACAAAAUAAUCAUUUCCGAUGAGGUAACAUCUCCACCAGUGUGAAACAGGAAGUGUCGUCUGUGAGCAGACAUGGGCCAGAAAGCUGCGCUUCUGCUCAGUGAGCUGCUGCUGCUGUUACUGACAGUCUCACGCACUCUCCUCGCAGUCAGCUUCCCAGAGGACAUCGUACCCAUCGAUGUCGUUGACGCACACUUUUCACGGAGGUACCCUGUGUUCAGAGGCAGGCCCUCUGGCAACGAGUCACAGCAUCGCCUUGACUUUCAGCUGAUGACCACAAUACAGGACACUCUGUUCAUCGCUGGCAGAGAUCAGGUGUACCUAGUCAGUCUGAGAGAAUCCUACAGGAAUGAGAUCAUUCCUUACCGGAAACUAACAUGGCGAUCGGGCCAAGCUGACAGAGAGAUGUGUGCCGUCAAGGGAAAACACAGAGACGAGUGCCACAACUUCAUCAAGGUGCUGGUUCCAAGAAAUGAUGACCUGGUGUUCAUCUGUGGUACGAAUGGCUUCAACCCCAUGUGCAGAUACUACAGGCUGGAUAACCUAGAGUUUGAUGGGGAAGAGAUCAAUGGACUGGCACGGUGCCCAUUUGACUCCAAGCAAACCAACGUUGCCCUUUUCGCUGAAGGGAAGCUGUAUUCUGCAACUGUAGCUGACUUCCAGGCCAGUGAUUCUGUUAUCUAUCGCAGUAUGGGUGAUGGAUCAGCCUUGAGAACCAUCAAAUAUGACUCCAAAUGGCUGAAAGAACCUCAUUUCCUGCACGCAGCAGAGUAUGGGAAUUAUGUGUACUUUUUCUACCGAGAGAUUGCGGUGGAGCACAGCAAUCUGGGAAAGGUUGUGUAUUCUCGUGUGGCCCGAAUCUGUAAAAAUGACGUGGGUGGGUCACAGCGGGUGCUGGAGAAGCUGACCUCUUUUGUGAAGGCGAGGCUAAAUUGCUCCGUGCCGGGGGAGUCCUUCUUCUACUUUGACGUGCUCCAGUCCAUCACUGACAUCAUUGACAUCAAUGGAGUUCCCUCAGUGGUGGGUGUGUUUACCACACAGAUGAACAGUAUUCCAGGGUCAGCGGUGUGUGCCUUCUCCAUGGCUGAUAUAGAAAAAGUAUUCCUGGGCCGGUUCAAAGAGCAGAAGACUCCUGACUCUGUGUGGACUCCGUUCCCAGAGGAGAAGUUACCCAAACCUCGACCCGGGAGCUGUGCAGGUCACGGUCCAGCUGCGUCUUUUAAGAGCUCUGUUGAAUUCCCGGACGAUACCCUGCAGUUCAUCAAGUCCCACCCCCUCAUGGACACAGCUGUGCCUUCUAUAGGAGAUGAGCCCUGGUUCACCAAGACACGUGUCAGGUACAGGCUAACAGCACUGGGUGUGGACAGUGAAGCAGGACCCCACAAGAACUACACGGUGGUGUUUCAUCGGGGCUGAGUCGGGGGUCGUCCUAAGGUUUUAGCCAAGACCUCCACUGUGUCUCUGAAUGACAGCCUGCUCCUGGAGGAAAUAGACAUCUUCAAUAGGGCCAAGUGCCUGUCUAACCGUGAGGAUGACAAGCGUGUCCUCUCGCUGCAUGUGGACAAAGACACGCACAGCCUUUAUGUCGCCUUUUCAAGCUGUGUCAUCCGUAUUCCCCUGAGUCGCUGUGAAAGGCAUUCCUCCUGCCACAAGUCCUGCAUUGCAUCAAGGGAUCCUUAUUGUGGCUGGAAGCCCCACGGAGCCUGUGAGAGGAUACAGCCAGGUGUUUUGACUGGAUAUGAGCAGGAUGUUGAAUUUGGAAACACGGCCCACCUCGGAGACUGUCAAGCGUUUUUGGGCACUACUUCAGCGCCAGAUUACAAAUCAUUUGGCGACCCUACCUCUGACAUGGAGUUUUCAUCAGCGCCAGUCACUGUCCAGCCCAGUGGGCCCAUACACCCCCCAGUACUCAUACCCACUCAGAGCCCCAGCUCUGGGUCUGGUCCAGAGCUCUACGGCUCAGGCUUUGUGCUGCAGGAUGACCCAGCCACCUCCCAUUCUUUAGACUCUAUCCCAGGGGGCCAAGAGGGUGUGUGGGAUAUCCAAGCAGGUGAGACCAACCAGAUGGUCCACAUGAACAUCCUCAUCACCUGCGUAUUUGCUGCUUUUCUCAUGGGUGCCCUCCUGGCGGGUUUAAUUGUGUUCUGCUACCGAGACUCAUUCCUCCGUAAACCAAGACAUGUCCACAAGGAUGCCGAGUCUGCACCAUCCUGCUCCGACUCCACUGGAAGCUUUGUCAAGCUCAAUGGCCUUUUUGAUAGCCCUGUAAAGGAGUACCAAACCAACAAUGAUUCUCCCAAGUUGUACACCAAUCUGCUCAGCACUGGCAAAGACCUGAAUACACCCAACGGUGACACCAAAACCAUCAUCCUGCGGGACGGAUGUCAGCCCCCUGAGUUGGCUGCUCUGCCCACUCCAGAGUCCACCCCUGUGCUUCAGCAGAAAGGUCUACAGCCCAUCAAAACCAGGGAGAGGGCACAUGGGAAGGUCAGUGGGUCCCAUAAGGAGUCCAACUCAUCAGCCAAGAGUCCUCAGUUCCUUCCUUCUUCUCCUGCUCCUGCUAACUCCAACGCCCACCACCCUCACCUUGCCCUGGGACACUCACACAUCCCAAGCGCUGUUGUCUUGCCCAACGCUACACAUGACCAUCCCAGCCUUGACAAUGGGGAAGAUACUUUGCCACAUUCUUCUGAAAAGAAGCUUAAGAACCCAGAUUCUAAGGGAACUAAGAAAGACCAGAAGAGGUCUGUGGAUGCCAGAAAUACUCUAAAUGACCUUUUAAAACACCUCAAUGACAAUGUGGCCAAUCCCAAGGCCAUUCUUCAAGAGGGAUCAGUGCCCCGUCCGCGGCAGCACCUCACACUGGAGCCCAUGGAGGAACUGACUGAAAUACCCCCCAAGGUGCCCAGUCGCGAAGCUUCCUUGUACUCUCCCUCCUCCUCCCUGCCAAGGCACAGCCCCACCAAGAGGGUUGAUGUGCCCAUGCCCACUACUCCCACUACACCAACGGGAAGCCUGAGCAUGGGGGGCACCCUGGAGAGGCAAAGAGGGGGGUACCAACUCCAGCGGAGUGCAUCUCACAGGCACUCCUUAUCCACCUCACCAAAUGGGGUAACCAUGGGGGUGUCUGUGUCUCGCCAACACAGUAUGAACAGAGGGGGUUACAUGCCUCCUACACCCCCCUCCAGACUUGAUUCACAUGGUGGAGUUAUGGCACCAGGGAUGCACUCAGCCCACCCACCCUCAGUAUCCAGACAGAGCAGCUACAGUGGGCAUGGCUCACUCCCCCGCACUGGGCUCAAACGGACCCCAUCAAUAAAGCCAGAUGUGCCACCUAAACCCAAUGGGUUUUCACCACAGACUCCACAAAUGCGAGUGGUCAAACAAGUACAGCUAUUAAAAGACCAUGGACACUUCAAAGUGAGUUCUUGGCCUUGACUGUAGAGCUUUGAGCCCUGAGGGCUUAGGGGAGGGAGUACGGAUGUGAUAAGGCCUAGUGUGUGUUUGUGUAUCACUUGAGGUGUGUUUCCCCUUUAAAUGAUAUGCACAUUCAGUUACACUAAAAAUGGAAAAUCAUACAUAUGGCCAAAGAUACUUGUUGGGCGUCUUUGCUCCCUAUGAGCCAACCUCCCUCCCUUGCCACGGUAGCCACAGAAUAUGAUCAGUGGAAAGUGGUGAAACUGCUGCUGCCCAGCCUAACUGGCUUAGGUCUCACCCGUUACCAUAUUUGGAACGAGGUUUAGGACACCAGCAGAGGCCACAAUGGUGUAUGUGGGACCACGUCAAAAAAAAAACACAAAAAAAAAAAAACAGUAGAAUACUUGAAGAAUGGGUCUCAUUUGUCACUCCCCUUGAGCACUGUCUUCCCACUAAUGUGAAGUGAACAGAGAGAAGCCGCAGGCCAUAACUUUGGCUGUAAGAUGCGUAGGGCAGAGGAGUGGAAGAUCAAAACGCAUAGUGUGCGUGUUGUGGCUGUCAACAGCUGAUUCAAGCAGCAAGAAAAGAGAAAAAGAAUAUGUUUGUGUGUGUGCUGGCUGAUGGGAAAGCAGAUUUGUGUAAAUGCAGCACAAUAUAUUAGUGCCACUUGCCAGAGGAUGCACCUUAAGACAUUUAAGACCUAAGUCACUGUCCUUCAUUACAACAAUAUUAUAUUUUCUUUGGUCUUCUUAAAACCCUCCUAUACAGCGCAUAAAUCAUACCUCCAUGUCACUCUGUUGUGUUCCUAGUAAUUAGGUUAGGUUGUGGCAAAUUGGUCAUGCUGGCUGUAUACUGAAACAGGCAGCUCAAAUUUUACUCAGUGCUACUGGCUUCAGAUAUAUGCGUUUGUCUUUGAUGCAUUUGUUUUCCCUCUGGGAUAGCCUGUGCACAUCUGUGUGUGUGUGUGUGUGUGUGUGUGUGUGUGUGUGUGUGUGUGUGUGUGUGUGUGUGUGUGUGUGUGUGUGCGUGCGUGCGUGCGUGCGAGUGAGUGAAUUUGCAGACAGAGGCCAAGAAGUAGUUUUUAAGCAACCAAACACUGAUACAUGGGAUGAGAUGUGUCUCUCUGGGACUGAAACUUCCUCUAACCUCCACCGCCCCUUUGUAAGAAUUCAAGAGUGGUUCAAGAGUCUUCUGUCUUAAUGUAGCAAUGGUAUUAAGAAAAAAAAAAUGCAUUUUUCAUCUCAUUCUGUAACUGAAUUUUGAACAAAAUGAUCUGCUUUUAUAAUCUUUUACUAUUUUAUUUAAAGAAUUUACCAUUUCAAACUAAAGUGGCACCAGUGUUUUAGCCCAUAUAUAUGAAUUCAGCUUUUCAGGGCAGGUUUGUUCUGUCAUAUGUGUGUGUCCCCUGAUAGAAGAACGCUAGAGUUUUCCCUCAUACUUUAAUCCUAUUUACGGCAUAUUAAACUGAACCUAGAACAAUACAUGGAUGUAACAUCUUUGCCAUCUGUCCGGUUCUGCAGCCCAUGUUCCCUGUGCAGUUCUUCCUGCGAGUGGCCCGUGUACAAUCAACACUGCAUUUAUCAAUGUGUCCAAAUGAGUCAUGCUGGGAAUGACAAGAUACUGUAUAUACUAAAAUACUAUAAAUAAGGAGUAUAAAUAUUUUUAGGCAAGUGAACCUGAAUCUGUGCGUUGUGUGCCUUAUUCACAAAUACAGUAUAUAAUAUUGGCAACGUCAAUUGGUCCUCUGUAUGUUAUGUCAUAUGCUAGCUAUGUAAACAAUUUUUAUAUGAGCAAUUUGAAAUUUAGAAGGAUGAGUGUUGGAAACCAGUACCAAACCGAAGUGAUACUGAAAACAAACUGACAAACAUUCCACUUGUGAAUGCGAGUCACACAAAGGAUACAAAAAAAAAAAAAAACAGCUAUUGGGAAAUAAAUCAGUUUUUUCUCCUUUACUGCCGG